AAACCAAACCACCGCGCAACCACGAGCAGAACUCAUUGUUUGAACAGAUACAAGGCACUCAUGAUCUAGUCAAACAAAAAAAGUCAGAAUACGCACUUUUGGUCCCCCAAUGUCGCCAUGGCGCACUUGGAGCCCGAAGCCAAGUCGGCCACUCAUGACAAGCUACCGUGCAUUCCCGAAGGCUAUCGAGUACGCAAACGCCCUUUGACGCGUUCCCAGCCGCCCUCCUCUGCCAACGCGCGCAUCAUCUACAUGAGCACGCGCACACCGUUCAUGGCCACCAUCACACGCAUCCGGAAAACCCUCCUCCACGCCCCGUCCCAAGCGCGCUCGGCACCCAAAAACGCCAGCCUGGAGAGCAGGAUAACGUACCUCGAGAAGAACGUGGACGAGGGCCAGGAGCAGCGCAGCGUCACCGUGAUGGGCACGGGGCGGGCGAUAGAGAAGGUUGUGGGUGUGGCAGGGUGGUUUGAUGACAAACCUCAGUUUGGGGUCGAAAUGAGGACCAAGAGUAUUGGAGCUGUGGACGACAUCGUUCCCGGGCCAGAUGAAAACGACAAUGACGACGACAAUGACGGAGGUAUAGAGGAGGAGAGCAGCAGGGUGAGGAAAGUGAGCGCUCUCGAGGUAACGAUCACGCUCAGGUAAGCCGCUUGGUGCGAUCCGAGAGGCUUUGCGCGCGGCAGCACAGCAGAAAGUUACCAAGGGAUGGACAACAACCCUGACACAUGCAGUGGUAAGCAGCUCAGUCAGGCACCACGGACAUGUGCAUAUGCUGACGACGAAUUGCCACAGACACGGGGCACGCGAUGGCUGGCGUCAUCAUAGCCUUGAUUAAUCAUCAAACACAACGCAGCCGAAAUCACAUACACCACUGUCCUUCCCGAAACUCCGAGCC